CGGAAUUUAUCUUUUCUCUGUACUGUAGCUGUAAGGAUGGCGAGAGUGAAAUUUCAGGUGAUCUUCGCGGAAAAGAGUAAAAAUUUGACAGAGACAGAAUAUGCGUAAGAUUUGCGUGUGAGGGGAAGCAGCCAAGAAUCGGAGUCAUAUGCUGGUUAAGGUGGCGAACAUGAGGAAUUAUUCCAUUUUCUGACAGAAAUGGCCGACAGUCAAAUCCACGUCAGCUAUAAACCGCGUUUGUCAAAUUGCGAUGCACGCACGUACGUCGUGGCCACCAAGAAAACCCAUCAAUACGAUUAAAAUAAUACGAGAGGAGGUUUCCCUAAUAUCUACUUCAUUUAUUCUGGUUUGUAUUAUUAUUGGUGUGAGCAGUGCAGAGGAAGAAGGAAGAAGAAGGAAUGGGUGCGAACAAUAGUCGGUCAGGGGCAGGGGCAAGAGCUGGUUUUGCGCAGAAUCGUGGGCUUAAUCGCCAGAGGCGUGAAGGCAGGAUACGGCCGCUCAUUCGAUCUCUCAGCUGUGGAACAGUCUUUCCUCGUUUUCACCUCGAGGGCGAGGAACCUCCAGCUGCAAGCCCAAGAAACUUUACAGUAUAUGAAGAAGAUGAAUCUUAUGGAAGUGAAGUUGCAACAAACAAGAGUUUUAAUCCUUCAAUACCGACUUCUGAAAAUAGAGAAAGAAGCAGUGGACUCGCACUUGGUGAAUGUAGCCAAAGCAGUGGUUCAUCCAGAGAUGGUACAAUUGGGUUUUCUGAGAGAGAGUGGGAUUCUAGAAGCAGUGAGACCUCAGAUUCUUUUCUGGAAGUUAGGGGUCAGUGUUCAGGAGAGUCAAGUGCAGACAAAGAUAGUCAUUGUUCUGGUACCACUGGCAUGCCUUUGUCGGCAACUUCAGUGGGUCCAGAAGCAACCAGCACUCACUUGGUGCAGUCAAGCAAUAUGCAAGGUGAGACUUCUAUUGGAAUUGAGGAAUCGACUCAACUUUCCACAUACCUAGGUGAACAUGCAUUGUCUUCACCAGUGGAGAGAGGAAGAUCAAUUGCAACUGUUAGGAACCUGGGGGAGCAGCACGAGAACACCGAUAACAAUUCCAAUUCUGGGAUUUCAGAUUCAUCACCAGCUGAAGGACUAGCAAUAGCUGAAGAGCCCAUUUCAGAAAAUUUUUCAAGAAGGAGCUCCGAGUUGAGAGAGUCAGAGAGCAGAAACUUGCUUCAUUCAGGGCCAUCAAAUUUAUCAUCCAAUGAUGCAUCCAGUUCAACUGAGGAUAUUAGCAGUCAAGAGGCAAGAACAAAUAGUCGCAUGAGAUUGUGGCGUGCUCUAACUAGAGCUACUUCUAGAAGACGAAUGCCUCCUGCUUUUCUUCUGUCAACUGACAUUGAUGAUCUUGGUUCUUCAAGUGAUAGAUGGCUUCUUGACUUUAGUGGAGAACUAUAUGAUGAUGUAAUUGAGGAUGAGGGACUCAAUACUGGUCGAAGCUAUGACUCAGACGAAAGGAGAUGGCGUUUCAGAUCCCAGGUUUGGGCCUUGCAAAGGUUACGUGGUAGUUCUGAUGGCAUUUUUGGGCAUUCAAGCAGAUGUGCAUCUGGUCUACAUGCAGAUGGUAGGUGCUCUUGUGAGGCUUAUGUGAUGACAGAAGAGUCAAGUACACGGGCAAGCAUUUCUCGUAUAGUUAUGCUUGCAGAAGCAUUAUUUGAGGUACUAGAUGAGAUUCAUCGACAGUCAGUAGCCCUUUCACAAUCAACUUCACUUUCACUAGUCUCACUCCCUGCACCUGAGGCAGUUGUUGAUUCGUUUCCCAUUAGGAAUCACAAAAACCGUGAGAAAAAUGACAAUGUAAUUGAGGAAGCAGCACAAUGUUAUAUUUGCCUUGCAGAGUAUGAGGAAGGAGAUAAGAUCAGGGUUUUGCCUUGUCAUCAUGAGUACCAUAUGACAUGUGUUGAUAAAUGGCUAAAAGAAAUACACAGGGUAUGUCCCUUGUGUCGAGGGAAUGUAUGUGAACAAAAUGAGGCAGACUCUAUAGCUUCGAAUUCUUGAUGUGUAUCUUUUGAUUUUGUACAUAUGAAAAAAGGAAUUAUUAUACAUUUCCGUAUACACUUGUAUAUUUUCAGAUAUCUACGUAAGUAAGAAUAUCUAUUACUCGUCAUCAGAAGUGCCACCUCUUACCAAAAUUAAGGGUACCUAUGAGAUAGUCAAGUCGUCACAGUCAAAGCGCUCUUUUUUUUAACUCUAGCUAGAUGAAGAGAAAGCACUUGUGAUUCAUCACAAAUUACGCAAAGUGAAGUUUCAUUUAUUUCA